UGUAAAGGUUCAGAUAAUACACAAAAAAAUGGACUUCAGCCACAUCACCUCCCGUUGUGGUUCCAAGGACAACAUCAAGCAUGUCCCCGGAGGAGGAAACGUUCAGAUUCUGAAUAAAAAAGUCGAUUUAAGCCAAGUGACCCCAAAAUAUGGCUCCAAGGACAGCAUUAACCACAAGCCAGGUGGUGGUAAUGCAAAGAUUGAGUCUCAGAAGAGCAAGUCCAAAUCCAAAACGGGAUCAAUGGACAGUGUGGGCCAAGAGCCAGGAGCUGACCUUGCUGAGCAGGUAGGGGAUCAACAGAAAUCUGAAGGAAGCCCGCCUACUCCUGCAAACCCACCCAUUCAGACCGAUGGAGGGAUGAAGGAGAAGGGGCUGAAGGAGAGCUCUCCUGCACCCCCACCUGCACCCUCUGAAGGACAGGGGCUCUGGAAUUCUCAAAGUCAAGACAAACACAUCCCUGCCACAAGUAAGUAUAUUUCAGGUACUUUAGUUGUUCUAUGACAGUGAUUCUUAACCUUUUUGCGUGCGUGACCCACUUUUAAGAGAGACAAUGUUUUGUGAACCUAUAUUUACAAUUGUUUCAAAUAAAAGUUUUCCUGCGACUCCCCCGCUACCACUACCCCAGGUUAAGAACUGCUGUUCUAUGACAUCUGAUCAUCCAUGUCCAGUCCACUUCAUCUCAAAACAUUUUCAUUACUGAAUAUAAGUAACUAU